AUGGCUAACACAGCUCUAAAUCAUUCCUGGCCAGCCCUGUCCAGACUGUGGCUGAAGCGGUGGACGUUCAAGAGAGUGUCGGAGCCCAAGCCAUGUGCCCAGCCCUUUGACUCUGCAGCCACGCAAGACAGCCCUGGACCCCGGACAGCUGAGUACCCUGACUUCUCCUCAGCCAUGAAGGACGAGCAGGCAGAGGACCUCAGCCUGGACUGGGAAGCCCUUCAAGGCAGCGAGUAUCUGCAGGACUUGGAGUUCGGGGCGCUGCCCCCCAACCAGCCUCAGGGGGGCAGGUAUUCCCCCAAAGAGAAAGAUACUGAAAGAGGAGAUUCGCCCUUUUCCGGCUCGGCAAGGCGCCCCCACUUGCAGCGGAGACGCAGCUGGGAGAGGCCGAGGAGCUGCUCGGAGCACGGGCGGAGGUUCAGCCUCAACUCCUCAGCAGGGAGAGAGGGGUCCUGCCUCCCCAGGGCUCUGGCCAGCCUCGCCCUGAAUCUGUCAGGAGGGGGGCUGCAGGCUUGGACCCGAGAGCGUCCCCCCACAGAUGGGACCCCAGCAGAGCCCCCCAGAGAGAAAGUAUGUGACAGUCCCGACAAAAGAACGAGGUCACUAUCUGUCCCUGAAGCCUUCAAUGAGCAGAGCUCCCUGGAGUUAUCCCAACCACUGGAAGUGCCAACCCAACAAGGUCUGGAGCCCCCAGUGCUGGAAUGUUUGGAGGAGGGCCAUGUGGAGCCGGAGCACGUGCUGAUUGUCCAGCAGGUGCUUCAAGAGCUGAGACAGUACCACGGGGCCCGGCAGCGGGGUCAUCUGUCUGCUAGCCCAGGAGGAACCCACUCGGACCUCACUUGGUUUGAAUUUCUGUCUGAGAGUGAGGAAAAUGCUACCGGAAAGAAUGAACGGAGCGGGGACAGGAGUGGUGGCAGCAGUGUGAAACGUAGACUGAGCUGUCUCAGGAGCCGAGUGACCCGGCAGAAGGAGAAGGGCAAGAGCUCUGGGCAGAUAAAGGACAAAGGAACACAGGAUGGCAGAGAGAGGAAGGAAUGCAUCAAUGGGCACCAGCUCCUGCGAGGAAGCUUCUCAGGCCACGCCAGCUGCCCUCUGUGUGGCAAACCCUUCCUCAAUACAGCCUCACUGAAGGAGCCCCCCCGGGCCCCCCUCGCCUCCCAGGGCAGCCCCGGCCCGGCCAGGAAUGCCGGCAUGACAGUGGCGCAGAAGGGGGCGCCCCAGCCUGCACCCAGCCCCCCGGCCUCGGCGAGCGGGGCACGGCCCAGGUGAGUGGGGAUGAGGGGGGCCUGGUGGGAGAUGGGGGGGCCUGGGGGAGACAAGGGGUAGCCUGGUAAAGGUGGGGUACCCUGGAAUAGACUAAGGGUGUCCUGGAGUAGAUAGAGUGUUCUGGGGAAGAUAGGGGUGUCUUAGGGGAGAUAGGAGGUGUCCUGGGGUGGACAGGAGGUGCCCUGGGAAAGAUGGGGUACCCUGGGAUAGACAAGGGUGAUGUGAGAUAGAUGGGGUGUCUUAGAGGAGACAGGAGGUGUCCUGGGGUGGACAGGGGGUGCCCUGGGGAAGAUGGGGUGCCCCAGGAUGGACAAGGGUGAUCUGGGAAAGGUGAGGUACCCUGGGAAAGACAGGACAUGGCAUGGGGGAGAUGGGGGUACCCUGCAGGAGACAGGAGUGAUGUCCGGGGUAGAUGGGGAGUCUUGGGGGUGACAGGGGUGUCCUGGGGUGGACAGGGGUGAUCUGGGGAAGGUGGGGUACCCUAGGAAAGACAGGACCUGGCAUGGGGGAGACGGGGGGUGGUGACUUGGGGAAGACAGUGGGGUACCCUGGGGCAGUGGUGCCCUGGGGAAGCAGGUGUAUCCAUAAGAGAAAGAGAAAGAAAGAUGGAGAGACCUGGGGGAGCUCGGAGAUU